CCGUCACAGCGCUCUUGUCAGGGAUACGCAACCAUUGGUUUUGGGACCCGACUCUAGCAGUCCAGAUGAGUGACCGUCGUUCUGAUACUAGAGUCUGGUCCCAAUGAAGGCGGGCUUCGCACCCCAACUUUCGUGGAAACUUUUCUGACCGUAUCCGUCAUCUCCGAGACUGAUUCAGACUCUGCGGCGUUCCGCGUCACGCGAGACCAUAACGGGACACAAUCCACCGCGAAGGCGAAACUCAAAUCAAACUCAAACCCAAACCCAAAGUGCAGCUAGCAGGACUCGUCCUGGUCUUAACCUCAUACGCCUCGUUUGCCAUUUUUCUCUUUUCCUCCACGGCUACAAAGUCACACAAUGCUGUCCUUGUCCGCCGAAAUGGAGGCUGCCAUCGUCGCUGCCUGCAGAGAGCACCAGGUGCAGCAUGGUCGCCGCAGGGCCGGAUACGUCGUUGUCAAUCAGUACUUUGUCCAAUAUGGCGAGCCAGCCGUUCUCGCUCACAGCGUCAAGAUGCGUCUUUUCCUGGCCAGCUCCGAACCGCGACCCGACAAACCGCGUAUCCCCCAGCUCAUCCAUCGCUUCGACAAUGGCCAGGGCACGGCGUACGUCGUUCUGGAGCAUGUCAAGCUCGCCAAAUCUCCUGCCGACCUUGACAAGAGGAUCGCCGCCGUGGUGACGUGGCUCUCGGGGCUGCAAAUUCCUCCCGGCCACAAGCUCGGACCAUUAGGAGGCGGCCUCAUCCGACACGCCUUCUUCGACGGCCAGGAGGCGCCUCUGCCGUUCGAAAGCGUCGAGGCCCUCGAGCGCUACGUCGAGAAGGGCCGAACGAAGCUUUAUAAGCACGGCCAGGGCGUCGAUCCCAUUUCGCUCAGGGAUGAACGGCUCCUCUGCACGCAGGCCGAUCUAGACAAGAGCCACUUUGGCGUCGAUGAGGCAGGCCGAACGGUCCUGAUGGGCCUGCGCAGCAUCUCCUUCGUGCCCGAGACUUUUGUGCGCCAUACCCUCGUCAACGCCAAGCUUGCGACCCUUGCCGAUUGCUUAGGCCUAUCUGGCGAAAGCGACAUGAAGGCCAUGGCGGCCAUCGCUCACGUCCUGGGCAUGACGGCCGAUCCGAGCCUUGGACUCGAUAACCAAGGGAAGACAGCUAAAAGAGACGACGGAUACUGCUUCCGUCCAUGUCUUGAGCUGAGCGUUGCAUAGGCAAUACGUGAUCCUAAUUUGGGGCUUUUACGAAUGUUAGUCUAUCGCAAUGUGUACUACGAAAUUGACACUGUCGUAAUGUUUGUUUUGGCUGCUCGCUUCCGCCUAAAGCGUGUCUUGUCUGUCGUCGUCGAUGUACUGCUACAAUACCCAUCUUUUUUGUGCCUUC